AUGUACAAUCCCUACCAACAACCUCCUGGUCUAUACGGCCGAGCCCCCGAGUAUGGCGCAUACCCUGCUGCACCCCCGGGAAUGGCACCACCUCCAGGCAUGGCCGCGCCCGGUACUGGUGCCCCUCCGGGUAUGCAACCAGCAAACGCCCAACAACCCGGUCGCCCCGGAGGCUUCCCGGCUAAUUUCCAACCGCCCCCGAACAUGCCGAACAUCAACUUCUCUGCACCAGUCAUUCGUUUAGGUACCUCGGGUCCCGCAAAGCCUACAGCGCCAGAGAGCGGCCGUGAACGAGGACCUGAGGGUCCAGGCCGACGCGCAGGUCUCGGAUCGACAAGUAAUGACAACCCGCGCCACCACGGCCGCGACUCGAUGAUGCAGCUCCAGCCGCCGACCCGGGAUGAAAUUGUGCGCACAUUGUUCGUUGGGGGCAUUACGGAGGGUGUCGGUGGUGAUGAUGGUAUCGAGCGAAUCCUUCAAUCGGCGGGUAAGUUACGCCGUUGGAUCCGUGCCACAGAUGCCGAUGAAAAGCCCUGUCGGUUUGGUUUCGCCGAAUUCGAAGAUCCUGAUAGCCUGGAGAUUGCUGUGGAGGUGUUGAAGGACAUCGAGGUACCUGUGAAGCGCCAGGGCCCUAGCACUGGUGAUGACAAGGAAGAGAAGGAAGUCGAAAAGAGCACCCUUUUGGUUGUUGUUGAUGAGAGUACUAUGACAUAUCUAGAGCAGUUCGUUGCUAGCCGUGGUGAGCGGGAUCCCCAAGAACUCCAGAAACGCCUUGAUACUGCCCGUAGCGACCUGAAGAACGUCUUGUCCGGUCUCUUUAGUCCGGCAACCCCAAUUCAAAAGGAAGACAUCUCGACUCUGGACAAAGAAGGCGACAGCGAAAUGAAAGACGCCGACGGUCAUAAGGAUGGCGAGGUCGUCACCAUUCCCAUCACUGCGGAAGAUGAAUUGGCUGAUAUCCCUCCUGAGAUGCGCGAAAAUGUGGCCAAGGAGAUUGCGGCUUUCCGUGAGCGAAGCAACCGCCGGGAUAUCGAGCGGUUGAAGCGCGAGGAAGAAAUUGAGGCAAUGGAGCGUGCCCGAAACUCGGGCUCGCGGUACAAUCGUCUCACCUCUCCUCCAGCCUCGGCUCCUAGUGGUCCUGCUGGUGGCGCAAAUGGUAUUCCUCUGGGUGCACGUGAGCGCGGUAUGCCCAACGCCCCAGCAGCCCCGAAGGGAUUCGGCGUGCAGAUCCCCAAGGAUUAUCAGAAGGGCGUGUCGUUUGUCAAUGGCGGCAUGAACGGAGGCGGAGCCUAUAAUUACCGAGAGGACGAGGACUCCGAUGCCAGCGACGAGGAGCUUGAGCGUCGUCGUCAAGAUAAGCGCAAGGCAGAGCAAGAGAAGCAAUUCCUCGACCAGGAACGCCGCUGGCUCAAUCGGGAGCGCAGUCGUACAGCCGCUUUGGAACGUGAAAAGAAGCGAGACAAGGAGGAAGACGGCAAGCUCCAGGCUCUCCACGACGAGGCUGAUGAGAGGCUUAAGGAGUGGAAUGAUGAUACGGAGGCCAGCCGCAAGGUUACUGAAUAUUACGCAGAUCGCGGCGCGUGGCUCCGUAGUCGGGCUGCUUUCCGUGCCCGUGAGAUUAGCAUCGAUGAAGCUGAUCGAGCCGCGGAGGAGCGCGAACUUGCUCGUUCGGCUCAGCAACAAGAGCAGGCCCGUGGAGCCGCCGACGACUUCCUCGCACGCCAGUCGCAGGAGCUCGAGAAGGCCCAGGCCGCGACCAACCGUAGAACAGUUGCCGAAGUCGAGGGCUUGCUGGAGGACGAGGAAGAGCCCGCCAGCACUGUCCGCCGUCCUCUUAUCCCCAUCAAGUUCGAUUCCGCUGCCGAGGCUGCUGGUCUGUCGGACGAGGAACGAGCCCAGGCUGCGCGCCAACUUGCCGCAGAGAUUCCGGCCAACAAGGAAGGCCUCUGGAAGUGGGAUGUGAAGUGGGAAUUCGUGGACAACGCCGUCAUAAGCGACCAGAUCAAGCCUUUCGUCGAGAAGAAGAUCGUCGAAUAUCUUGGUGUGCAGGAGCAAAUGCUUGAGCUCGUGGAGCAAUUGGAAGAGGCAUUGGACGAGGAGGCCGAGGUACUUGUGCGCAAACUUUGGCGUAUGAUUAUCUUCUUCUCGGAGAGCGAGAAGCGCGGCUUGUCGGCUUAA